AGAAGAGAAGCUGCAGAAACAGAGCUUGAAGAAUUCGUCAAUGGCGGAAAGGUCAGGGGAUGCUUUGAAUGAGCAUGCAGUUGAAAAUCCAGAGGAGAUUGCUUCCUUGGUUGAUGCGAGCAUACGCAAUCACACGGAGAGAAGGAAUCUGAAUUAUUUCUCAUGUGGGACCGGGAAUCCAAUUGAUGACUGCUGGCGCUGCGAUAAGCGUUGGUACCUUCGGCGAAAGCACUUGGCUGAUUGUGCCAUCGGUUUUGGUCGCAAUGCCAUUGGUGGCCGCGACGGAAGGUACUACGUUGUAACCGACCCCAGCGACGAUGACGCCGUUAACCCCAAACCGGGGACCCUCCGCCACGCCGUCAUUCAAGACAGGCCCUUGUGGAUCGUGUUCAAGAGGGACAUGGUUAUUACCCUAAAGCAAGAGCUCAUCAUGAACAGCUUCAAGACCAUAGAUGGUCGUGGCGUCAACGUUCACAUUGCAUAUGGGGCCUGCAUUACCAUCCAGUUCAUCACCAAUGUUAUCAUCCAUGGCCUCCAUAUCCAUGAUUGCAAGCAGACUGGCAAUGCUAUGGUUCGCAGCUCGCCCUCGCAUUAUGGAUGGAGGACCCUCGCUGAUGGGGAUGGCAUUUCCAUCUUUGGUGCCAGUCACAUUUGGAUUGACCACAACUCACUCUCCAAUUGCGCAGAUGGCCUUAUUGAUGCUAUUAUGGCCUCCACCGCGAUUACCGUUUCCAACAACUACUUCACCCACCACAAUGAGGUUAUGCUACUGGGUCACAGUGACUCUUAUGUCCGCGACAAGCAGAUGCAAGUAACCAUUGCAUACAACCAUUUUGGGGAGGGUCUUAUCCAAAGAAUGCCAAGGUGCAGGCAUGGGUACUUCCACGUGGUAAACAAUGACUAUACCCACUGGGAAAUGUAUGCAAUCGGCGGCAGCGCUGAUCCCACAAUUAACAGCCAAGGCAACAGAUACCUUGCCCCUCUGAACCCUUUUGCUAAGGAGGUGACAAAGAGAGUGGAGACAGGGCAAAACCUAUGGAAAAGUUGGAAUUGGAGAUCGGAGGGAGACCUUCUGCUCAAUGGAGCCUUUUUCAUUUCAUCAGGAGCAGGAGCUGCAGCAAGCUAUGCUAGAGCCUCAAGUUUGGGGGCCAAAUCAUCUUCUUUGGUUGGUACCAUUACCUCCGCUGCUGGUGUUCUUAAUUGUCGGAGAGGUGUCAUGUGUUAAUAUCAAACACUAUCAUCAACAACCAAAAGAAAACCAAGG